UUUGAACAGUUGUGAUGGAUUGAUACUGUUUUACCAAAAAGCCAGAGGAGAUCUUCAUGUUGUAAACCCUGUUACCAUGCAGACUCUAAAUGUUCCUAAAUUACUCGGUCCUAAUUUGAACUGCCCUCCCGGUGCCAUAGUACGUGUUCCCUGCACUGGCGAAUUCAAAUUGUUUGCUUCUCUUAUUCAAACUCAGUCUGAAGUUUGUUAUAGCCAUUGGCAUGUUCUAAGACUUGGGAAGGAUACUUCUUGGACAAGAUUCGCUUCAGAAGCCGGUGAUUUUGAAUUUAGUUGCAGCCCAAUUUACUGUGGAGGUAAUGAUCUGUACUGGAUCACACAGGACCAUGUAAUUGUGAUGGAUGUUGACAAGGAAACAUUUAGAAAGUUUUUAUUUCCCGAAGAACAUUACUACCCAUGGUGGUGGACAGAGUUCUUCCAGAUAGAAAAUCGUCUGGCUUCCGUUGUCUUUCUGGGCGCAAAAGGAUUCAGAGUACACAUAUUUGAAGCUGAUUCUGGAAAAUGGAGCCUCCAUCAUGAGAUGGGAAUCUUCGAUGAUUAUUAUAAUUAUCCAAGAGAUGACGACGUUGAUGACGACGUUGAUUUUUCUGAGUCUUUUGGUGUGGGGAUAAACCAAGAAGUGAUAUUCCAAGUAAUUAUUGAGCCCCCACUGAAGGCAUCACUUUACAGUUACAAUGUGAAGACAUUAGAACCCAGAGAGAUUGAUGCGAUCCCGGAAGGUUUAUUUGAUGGUGCUUUUGAAGAAGGUUCAUUUGAAGUGGGCCUUCAUACUAAUAGUCUAGUGUCCUGGUAAUUUUGGAUUGUCAAUCCAUCUUAAAGAUAGGAGAUGCUCACCUUUGACUCGGGGAAAAUUGGUCGGCUGGAUUUUGUGUAGAGGUCAGAUAUUCUUGUUGUAAAUCUUAUUAUGCUCAUAAAGGUUGAAUUUACAACUUC